GAAAUAUAAAGGCAAAAGGCGUGAAGCCAACAACUAAUGCCAUCCAGUUCAAUAUGACUACUUGUUAAGCCAUAAGUAGACUUGUGGAAGUCAGCAUUAAAAAACAUGUUAUUCAAAGUUAUGCACGGUAUAUCGUUAACUGUUUAGACAGAUCAUUUAUACUAGAAGGAAUCGUGAUGUAUUCAGUAUUUAGAAUCGGAAGAACGACAAAUUGUGUGCAGCCCUUAUUAAAACGCGUGCAUGCCAGAUUACCACAACAGAUCUCAGCUUUACACACACAACCACCUGUUUUUCAAACAAACCGAUGUCCUUCGUCUAAGUGGACAUUUUAUCACUCUCGAUCGCUCUACACAGGAGUUCAUUUCUGUAGUAAGGACGAUGGGCAGAAGGACACUGACCAGGUGUCCGUUUCCAGAGGUUCACACACACCUCCAGCACACAAAGUCAAACAAGCAGGCAAAGAUUUCACCUAUUUGAUUGUGGUGCUCAUUGGACUCGGUGUAACAGGUGCACUAUUGUAUGUGGUCUUUCAAGAGCUGUUUUCCUCUUCAAGCCCGAGCACAAUUUAUGGAAAAGCAUUUGAGAGGUGCAGAACUCACCCAGAGGUAAUUGGAGCUUUUGGAGAGCCCAUCAAAGGCUAUGGUAAGACCAGUCGGCGUGGAAGAAGACAACAAGUCAGUCAUGUCGAGUACAUGAAGGAUGGACUCAAGUACAUGCGGCUGAAAUUUUACAUUGAGGGAUCUGAACCAGGAUUACGGGGAACUGUUCAUUCUGAAUCAAAGGAGAAUCCUGAGACUGGAAAAUAUGAAUUCAGGUAUAUCUUUGUAGACAUAGACACGUAUCCCAGGAGGACAAUCGUCAUUGAAGACAACAGAUGAAAUGAGUUUUAACAGUGUUAUGCAGUAUUGGAAAUUUCAGUAGCAUUGGAACGGAUUAAUAUAGCUUGAAUUUGUCAUGUUUGAAUUUUGUUGUAUUGAUCUUCCACAGAUUAGUCUGCAUAAACUUAUGAUGAUCUGGAUAUUUGGACAUGAGAGCGCUUGUACUUAAACAUCUGAUACUUUGUACAAGGAUUUGCAUGUUUUUAUAAUAAAACAUCUUCUUUGAAAUAAAGAUCAAUAAUAGAAUUGAUAUAUAAAAUCAGUUUUAUUCAGUGUACUGUAACAGGAAUAUAGGUUAAUAAAGAAAUUUCAUAUCUUUA